GAAGAGCAAUAUCCGUCGAAAACAGCAUUUUAGGUGCAGAAAACAUAUUUUAUUUAACGUGAUUACCUGUUUUGUAAGGUUGUACCUAUCAAACUAAAGAAAGUUUUUCCAACCAUCCUCAAAAUUGAUAGAAAAACGUACUUUGAUUUGAAUUGGAAAGUUUUAGAAGGUUUUAUUUAAUUGCAACAUUCGGUUUUUGAGUUUGACAGCUCACCGCAAAAUAGUAAGCGUUCCGGGUAAGGAAUCAAAAAUGUGGUAGUGAUUCGAGAUAUGCGUGUGCGUGUUGCGUUGCGGUCAAAAAUGGGAACGCCAUAUUGAACAAAAGGAGAGACGAAAGAAUCUACAGUUUAUUCGUCGCGACUGCCGUCAAAAAAGUAGAGUGGAAAGCUCAUUGUUACUAAUUAUUGCGAAUUUCAACUGUUCAGUAAAGUAAAAUCAUAACACUCGUUUCUGUGCAGCCAAGUGGCUUGACAAUCGGAAUUGGAAUUUUCAGCCAUCCGCAGUCGUCGGAUAUUUAGUGAAGAAAGCAUCUUUGUUGGCUGUGGAUUUGCAAAAUAUAUUGCCCAACCUGGCAGUGUUUUCGUUCUGCGCCCCCAAACCGAAAUCUCACUCUAGAAGCAAAAUGUGUAUUGUAGCUUUUCGUUGCACCUUAAAUGGCAGAUCGAUUUUGGUGCUAUGAUUCUGGUCAUAUCUGCGGUGAAAGUGUUCCGUCGAAAAAUAAUACCGGCAUUUCGUGAGAAAAGCUUCGCCUCAUUUCGUGCAUUUAAGAACCCCACUGGAAUCCUCCAGUUUUAGUGAGCAGGCCCGAAGGUAGUUUUUUACUUGGAACAUUCUUGCUGUCAUCCAAUUAUGACAACGCCACGAUAUCAUUUAAAUCUGGCUUGUCAUGAAUGUGUGAAUGGAUACAAAGGAUGCGAUCAAUGGGCUUUGUAAAACAGUGUUAGAAAUUUUGUGAAAAUAGCUCCAAGAGGGAUAUAUAAUGUGUAAAGCAUACUAUCAAUAAUGAGGAAUCCCAUCGUUUGUCUAACUUGAACCGGAUAUCGUGAAUCAUCUUUUGUCAUUCGUUAUAAAACGAUAUAAGACCUACUUGCUAGCUGAUCGGGUGAUGGGCGGAUUUGCAUUGUUGUAAUCAUCCGAAUGAAUGUCCUAGCUGCCGAAUAGGAUAUACGCCUCAAAAUGUCCGGACACAAUCCACCUCACGGACGACUAGGUCAGCCGAAUUCUACUUGGAAUCCGUUACAGGUGCCCUCGUACAUACCCCGGCAACCACAACUUGCGCACAUGUCCAGCGAAAGGUCUCUGGCGAGAUCUCCGCUCACAUGGCACACCCCACCUACACACCAGGAUCAGCUAUACAAUUUUAUGACUGCAAACCACAAAAAUAAUUUGGAAAUCAAUCCUAUGCUGCCGAGUUUUGGACGUGGUUCUGGUGUGCCGUUAGGUUCCGUUGAUCUGUCCCUUUCGUCUGCAUCUCGAAGCACACCAUCGCCAAAAGGCAAUAGCAUGCAACCAGGACCACCAAGCACUUCCCAACAGCAGCAGCAGCAGCAGCAACACCAUUCUGCACCACUGCCACAAAACAUUCCACCAGUCCUGGGUGGUCCUUCAAUGCCAGACCAGAAUGAUCAUUUUCACCCUAAAAUGGUGGUCGGCCAUGGGUCACAACAGCAGCAGCAGCAACAACAGCAUCACAUAAAUACUAAUCACAAUCGUUCCCCCUCAACGAGCCAAAUGGGAAGCGUUAUACAAUCGACUGCGGCCGCUCUCAAGGAUCGUUCCGGGCAUAACCUAAUGAGUGCUAGCUCCGGGGCCGGCAAUAUACCUCCAGCAUGUAAUUUUCUUGGCAGCAGUGGAACUAAUAGUCUGGGCCUAGGCUCCGGCAGUGCCGGUGGCAAUGGUUAUUACAACAUGUUGAGCAGCAACAGUAGCGGUGGCAGCGGGGCUAGCAACAAUAUUGUUUGCGGCGGUGUUGGUAGCAGUAAUAGUAUUAGCAACAGGCCGCUGGCUGGUCAUGCCGGCAAUGUACCAACGAUGUCAUCCGGUGCGAUGGGAGCGCCCAUCAACGUCAACGAAUUCGGCGCGAUGAUUCCCGGUGGAUUGCAUAUCAAGGAUGCCAAACAGAUUAAUAAUGAAGCAACCGGACGAAAUGGGCGGGAUAAUCUCUCGACUAACACCGAAUCUUCCGAUCUGGUCAAAGAUAUUCUAAUGCAUGCAAUGCAAAGCAAUCAAGUUACAGGAACGCCGAAGGAUGAAUCGUCCAUGCGGGUAGCAGCUAUUCCUUCGUCUAAAAGUCCCGAGGAAAAUCGGCGUAGUCCACCAGCUAUGAAUACGGUAGAACAAUCACCGGUUGCCACGAAGACUAAUAAAUCCUUUUCGUCGAUUUCUGGACACGUGCCAUCCUUGCUGGAAACAGCUACCGCUACAGAGAGCAAGAAUAGUUCACCUCAGCUUGCCGCUGAGGCGGCUGAAGUACCAACAGCGGUUGUAACCAACCGUGAUCGUGUAUCUCCGAAUCAAAGUGUCACAUCAAACGAAGACUCAGUUGACUCCAACUCAAGCAAAUCACGCAGACGACGAAAGCCGGAUCGGACCAAUAAAAUGGAUUCAAGCGGACUGGAACGAAUGCAUGAGUUUCUUGGAGGAGAUGCGAACAGUGUUGAUAAAUGCGAUAGGAUUGACGGAAUCGAUCCUAUGAGGCCUAAUAUUGCGGUCCGCAACGACAUUGCCACCCUUGCGUUAGAGGGAAUAAGCAGUCUCAGCCAGGGACUUGCGAGUGAUAGUAGUCAUAGUCCGCAUAUUACAGAUCUAUCCGAUAGCACCCGAAUAAACCUACAGACUUUGAAUGAAAGCAAUAGUAAUCUCCACGAUGACGCAGCUGCUAAGCCAAAUCCCGCAGUUAGCUCAGUCAUCUCCAGUGUGCUAUCGGCUGCAGCAGCCGCAAUGGAGUCCGCUGCCACUAGGAAAGACAGCGAGUCCACUUCGGAUGAUUGUGAAACCAUCGAUAAAAUUGCAGCAAUGAUUUCCAGCACCGAAAUGGAUUCAGCUCCUCCUGCUGCACAAUCAACGAUUCAACUGCCCACUGUUGUACCCACGGUUACGGCGGCGCAAACUAAAGACGACAACGAAGUUCGGAACAGCUUGAAUGGUCCAUCCCAUGGUGAGCUGAGUCCAAGCAAGAGUUCCUUAGUAGCAACACCCGGCAGCAAGAAGGCGGAGUUGCACAAAAACAAUGCGGAUGAAAGUUACGAAGAGAUUGAAAAUAAGCUGGAAGAAAUGUUCGCCGGGAUUGAAGAAACUCUACCGUCGUGUUCGAAACUAUCGCCAUCGAUUGCAGCGAAAAGAGGAGCCACGUCUCCCGGGAAGCCAUCCAGCGAGCCCACUGAUAUUAUUGUUCAAUUAUCGGAAAAGCCGGAGGAACUGGAGAAAAUUGCCACGACUAGUUCGUCGGUCGAGGACGAAAAGGAAUCAUCUUCUAGCGCUAGUGCCACGCAGAAAAAGGUUCCGACGCCUGCCUCAAAAAGGACUGCUGGAGGCACUGGUAAAUCUUCGGGCACUCCUCCAAAUAAGCGUAAAAAAGUAUUAAAGAAGAAACCGGCCCAAUCCAAAGGAGCCAGUUUUGCAGCUGCUGAAGAAAGAGCCUCGAAUUUCGGUGCUAAAUUUGUUAAAAAGUUGCCGAGCAAGGGCAAUGGUAAAAAGGGUAAUAGUUCGGGAAGUAAUGCAAGCAAAAAUCUAAAAGUUAAACCGAAUGAAAGUCUGACGGAAUUGAAUGGCAAAUAUAAAGGACCCUUCGUCCACGUCAAAUCAGAUGGAAGCCAUACAGUAAUCAAUACUCCUAUUAAUGACGACGAUAUGGAGAAGGCUCAGAACAAGACUAAGAAAUUCACCAGUGGCAUGAACAAUUCGGAGAAAAGUAAAAUUCGAGGACUACAUGUAAGCACGCUAAGCACCAAAUACGAUGCAGAUACCACGGAUACUAGCUGGAUGUGUGUAUUUUGUAAGAUCGGUCCGCACAAAACCAGGCUCGGUGAUCUUUUUGGGCCUUACAUCAUCAGCACCAAGUCCAGUGAAUUCGAACAGAGCCAAACUGAUGUGGACUAUUUUAACGUGAAGCGAACGCGAGAAAGUUUAGCUUCGAAAUUAGCAACAAAGGCUGAGCCUCCUGGAACGGGAUCUCAGCCAAAAUCCAAGAAAAAGAAAAUUUCCGAAUCGACAGUCAACCGCAGUGUCAGUGAGAUCCAGCAACCACUAGCCUCUGCUGCUGCUGUUCCGCCGGAUAUGUUCUACGGUAUGAUCAAGGCUGGUGAUGAUUCCUACGAAGUGUGGAUGCACGAAGACUGCCUGGUUUGGGCCCCCGGGGUGCACAUCAUCGGUACAAGAAUAGUCGGUCUUGAAGCAGCCAUUUGGAACUGCUGUCGACAUCAGUGCCGAUUUUGCACUCACCAAGGAGCGAUGGUAAGCUGCCUGCAUCAUGGAUGCAGUGAGGAGGCGCACGUGGUGUGCGCUCGAAAAAACAAUUGGAUGCUGACAGAAGAUUUCAAAUCACGCUGCCCGCAGCACUCUAAAGCAACCGAUUCUUGAGUGACUGGAUGUUAGACGGUUAGAUGAUCUUCGUAUUAGCAUAACGUUACUUUGUUUAUAGGCGCGCGUAUUUUUUUUUGUUUAUCACUGUGAAACUGUUCUUUGGUGACCCCAAACUCUGGAGGAACAUUCUCAUUUGCUCAGCUAAAAAUUUGUUUAAUUUUUGGAAAAAGAGAUAUUUUUGGUUGCCCAAAAGAUAUCAAGGUGUGAUUUUUAUAGUUAACCGAAGAACAAGAAGUCAAAAUUCGAUUUACAAAUGUACAUUUUAGCGUGUAUAUAUAGUGAGUUAGUGUAUGAUAUUUUAAAUUAAUUUUAAAAUAGACUUCUACGAACAUGAAGAUAUUUGGCGUGAUUGAUAAUGUACUUUUCAUGACAGUAUCUAACUGAAGUAAUUGUGAACGAAAUAAUUUAUUUAAUGAAGCUAGUAACAUCUGGAAAUAAAAUUGGACAUAAUUAUGACGAUAGGAUAGCUUAUUUUCUUUUGUAAAAGGAAGUAAAAGAAAAUUUAAUACGGACACAAACACUGAAGGAAACCAAUUCUUUUGGAGUGAAACUGAAACGAGUACACUACUUGUUAAAUGCAUGUGAUCUAAUAACAUGUGUGGUAUAUAUUAUGAAAUAGUGUCUAUCCUGGAGCAAAAACCUAUAUUAAAUUCUCGUAAAGUUUUAGU